AUGGCAUAUCCAAUAGAUGGUCUAGGUAAUACUGACAACAAUAAUAAUAAUAACACAAGUCAAACUAAUAGUAUUAGUUCUCCAACUAGUGAUCCCUGGUUAAGUCUAUCAAAUAAUAAUAAUAACAACAACAACAAUAUGGAUGCAGAGUUAGCCUCAAUAGUUUCUUCAUUAAGUGCUUUAUCAAAUCCAAGUAAUCUUCCAAAUCAAUCGAAUCAAAUGAUGAAUGGUGGAACUUCAUCUUCAAUAGAUCAUCAACUUGGUGGGUUUAGAAGAAAUAGUUUUACUUCAAGCGAUAUUGAUUCGGAUAUUCUAUUAAAUUCAAAUGGUUUAUCUGCAGCUAUGAGUGUUGGUGCAGGUGGUUCAACUAAUAAUUUAGAUAUGGGUUCACCUUUAAUGCAAAGAUCUACUCAAUCUAUUGGUACAGCUCCACCUUAUACAUCAAACAUGUUUAACAUUAAUUAUAAAUUGUUUCAAAAUAAUAAUAGUAAUAAUCAACAACAGCAACAACAACAAUAUUUAUAUCAACAGCAACAACAACACGUGCAACAACAAAUUCCACAAUCUGAUUCAAAAUCUGUUAGUUUUGCUUUGAAUAAUAAUACAACUUCUAGUCAAAUGAAUAAUGGAAAUUCAAGUACUUUCAACAAAAAGAAUAAAAUGAUGGGUAAAUAUUCUGCAAGUAUUGCAGGUCCUAUCCUUCAAAAUGAUUCUUAUUAUUAUUACAAUAACAAUAAUAACAAUAAUAAUAAUGGUACUCAAAGUAUUGCUCAUUCACAAGCAUCUGUAACUUCUAAUAGAGGUGGAUUUUUUCAACAAUUAGGUCAAUCUUUAAUUGAAGGUACUAAAGAAUUAGAAUUUGAUGGAUCUCCAAAUAAUUUAAAUAAUCGUGAAAGUACUUUUGGAGGUAGCCAAGUAACUUUGGAUCAUUCUGUUAAAUCAUCCGAUUUAGAUGAAUAUACAGAUUAUAAUAGUAGUGGUACUGCUGCAAAUGAUAAUAAUAACAACAAUAUGUUCUUUAAUGCUGUUAAUGCACCAUCAUUUAAGCCAAAUAAUAAUGAUAAUUCUGCACAACAAGGAAUGGCACCAGGAGGUGGGAAUUAUUUUAUGAAUUAUCAACAACAUCAUAUGUUUAAUAAUGGUUCCUUUUAUCCACCUGCUGCAGCAAUGAAUAAUUAUCAACAGUUUUCAAUGAAUGAUAAUAAUAAUAAUAAUUUAGGUAAUUUUGCCCCACAGAUGAUGUUUCCGAAUAAUGGCGAUGGCACAGAUAUGAAUUCUGUAAAUAUGGAAGAAGUUCCUGGAUCAACAGAGAAUAUUAAAAAUGGGAACUUUUCACCAAUUUCUUCAACCGCAUUACCUGUAAAUAAUGUAUCCAAUAUUCAAAAUCAUGACCCUCAAAUGAUGUUUAUGCCACCACCACCACAACAACAAUCACAGAACAAUAGCAAAAAGAAUCCAUAUAUCUAUAUUCAAAAUUCUAGUCUGGGUUCACCCCCAGGCGUGAAUCCUGCAUCGUUCACUGUCAAUAACCAAAAAAUUAUUAAUUCUGAUAAUACUGACAAUAGUCAUGUAAAUAAUAAUAAUAAUAAUAACAACAACAAUAAACCGAAAAAUCAAUUUAAGAAUAGCGGUAAUAAUCAAAACAUUAACUUAGAUGGCAAUUCACAUAAACAUCGUAAGAAUAAUAACAAUAAUCACGCUAAUCCUUAUUUAGAUCAAUCACAAAGUUAUGGUUCUCAAGGUAAGUUUGUAAAACAAGCAAAUAAUAAUACAUCACCUUUUUCUUCCAAAAAUUCUUCCAAUUCAAAUACUUCUGUAUGUUCUAAUCCAGAUGAGAACGAAGUAGCUCAUGAAAGUGGCAAAAAGAAAAAUAAUAACAUCAAUGCUACAGGUGCUAAUCAAGCCAUCUAUCAUAGAUCACCGUUACUAGAAGACAUCAGAAACUAUGCCACAAAUAACAAUAGCGCAGCUGAUGGCGGUAAGGCUUAUUCAUUAAAGGAUAUUCUAGGUCAUACUUUAGAAUUCUGCAAGGAUCAAUAUGGUUCUAGAUUUAUUCAAAAAGAACUUGCAACAGCCUCACCCUCUGAAAGGGAAGUUCUAUUCAAUGAAAUUAGGGAAGAUUCCGUAAUGUUAGCCAAUGAUGUUUUUGGUAACUAUGUUAUUCAGAAAUUUUUUGAGUUUGGAUCUACCACUCAAAAAGAUAUCUUAGUUGACCAAUUUAGGGGAAGAAUGAAAGAACUAUCCAUGCAAAUGUAUGCUUGUAGAGUUAUCCAAAAAGCAUUAGAAUUCAUUAACCCAACACAAAGAAUUGAAUUAGUAGAUGAAUUGAGAGAUUGUGUUUUAAAGAUGAUUAAGGAUCAAAAUGGUAAUCAUGUUAUUCAAAAAGCUAUCGAGACAAUACCUAUAGAUCUAUUACCCUUUGUCUUGAAAUCACUAAUUGGCCAUAUUUAUCAUUUAUCUACACAUUCUUAUGGUUGUAGAGUUAUUCAAAGAUUACUAGAAUUUGGUUCUGAAGAUGAUCAAAAGGCUAUAUUGAGCGAAUUGAAGGAUUUUAUUCCUUACUUGAUACAAGAUCAAUACGGUAAUUAUGUUAUUCAAUACAUUUUGCAACAUGGUUCAGAUAAGGAUUCUACUGAAUGUCUAAUACAAACAAAACAAGAUGUAAUUAAUAUUAUUUCCGAAAACGUUGUAGAAUUUUCAAAACAUAAGUUUGCCUCUAAUGUUGUCGAAAAAGCAGUAUUAUACGGUACUAAGGACCAAAAGAAUCUGAUUAUCUCAAAAAUUUUACCAAAGGAUAAAGAACAUGCCAUGAAUUUAGAAGAGAAUGCUCCAAUGAUUUUAAUGAUGCGUGAUCAAUUUGCUAAUUACGUUGUUCAAAAGUUAGUAACCGUCACAGAUGGUGAAGGUAAGAAAUUGAUCGUUAUCGCUAUUAGAGCAUAUCUGGAUAAAUUGAACAAAUCUAAUUCUUUAGGAAAUAGACAUCUAGCUAGUGUUGAAAAAUUAGCUACACUUGUCGAAUCAGUGGAGAUCUAA